AUGCGCGCGGAGUUCUUUGCGAAGCUGAUGAAGUUUCCGUUCGUUGUCAUGCGCAAGACGGACUCGGAUGCAAAAGGCAUGAUGGGUCGUCUCUACGACCUCAUGCUCCAGCUCACUGAGGACAUACGGGACUUCCUCGACGAGCACGCAGAAGGGGUCCUGACAAGGGGAGAGGUGGGAGAUAUUUGGAAGGUCGUGCAGGACCGUAAGGACAACGGGCUGGCGUGCGACAUGCACGUGGUUGGUCGCAUCCUCAACCCCACCAACCAGGAAGAGGGCAUCUUCCUCCAUGACCUCGAGUGCACGAGGAUUUUCAAGAAGUUUGUGUCCAAGCACUUCGACGACCAGACCAUCACCACGAAGGGCGGGGUCGAGCGCCGUGCCUCCCUCAUCAUCCAGGAAGGCCUCAUUGCCUUCAUAAACCUGACGGGCUGCUUUGGCAUGCCCGACGCUAUUGCCGACCGUGCGGCAGUGAAGGAGGGCAAGAUGACCGCGCCCAACGGCACUGCCACAGGUCACAAUGGCACUGGUGUGGCUCUGCUUCAGUCUCACAAAGGCCUAUACUCACUAUACACUGCACUGUGUCCGCUCAUAGUGCUCCUUUGGUGGAUGGACGUCACUCAAGGGCAAGUGAGGGAGUGGUUGCGCCUCUGGGGCUCGGUUGUGACAGCUAAGCCGCUGAAGCUGAAGAGAGCAGCUGCGUCCUUCAUGUGCAACCAUCCCUUCAUUCUGCAUCGCUCAUCCCCUGUCAUGUGCUGCCAUGUGCCACCUUCUACCAUCAUGUGCAGUGAGCUUGGCAGUGCCAGAAUGAAGAUAAUAAUGAGGGCUGUUGUGGUGGGACUGAGUCAAAGAGCGGGAACAGACUUGCUGCAAGCUUCUAUGGAGAUUGCAGAGAAGAGAAUAAGCACAUUGGAGAGGCACCUGGAAGAUUCAAGAAAGGAACUGGAGGAGCGUGAGAGAAUGAAAGCUGAACUAAGUGAGCUGAGAAGGCAGGUGUAG